AUGGCGCUUCUUCAGACAUCUCUGAUCUGGAUCGUCUACGGAGCCGUGAUAGCUGUCUUGCUCGCGGCAGCUUCGGUUUUCAUUUAUGUUUAUCAAACUCCUCGAGAUCGCUCGCCAUCUGUAACUUUGACUUGUAUCAUUGCAAUCACCAGUCUGCUUGCUACGGUGCUUCUGCUUCCGGUGGAUGUCGCACUGGUGUCGUCAACUACUUCAUCCAAACUAGGCCAACGGAAAGAGUGGGCAACCCAAGAGGCAGUCGACCGCAUCACCUAUUCUCUGACUAUCAUUUAUUAUAUUCUUUAUUCCCUGGAUGCACUCUUAUGUCUCCUGGUCAUCCCCUUUGUCUACUUCUGGUACGAAGAAUAUGAUGAAGUGGCCAGUGAAAGUGGAGAGCAGUCAUUGGGGCAGCGCUUCUGGGGCGCUUUCAAGUACACCGUUUCAUUCAUUGCAAUCGUGAUUAUCCUUUUCCUCGUGGGAUUUUUCGCCCCUAUCUCCGACAAUAAGAGCGGCCUUGACUUUGAUUAUUUCAAGAAGUUGCUCACUGAGAACCAUGGGGAGCGUGCCUUGACAUUUGCCCUUGGUUUGCUUAUGACUCUUGGUCUCUGUCUUUAUGUUCUAUACACUUCAUCCGGGCUCGCGUUGCUCCCGAUUGGCUUGAUCAAAACGGCUCCCUCGAUAUCCAACCCCACUUUGCGUGUGAAUACUGCGCAGCAACUUGAGACAAAUCAGGAACGACAACACCAGCUGGAGGGUCGCUGUGGGGCAAAUCCGGAACUUUUAUCCUCCAAGGACCGUCGGGAACUUGACACGCUCAUUCGAGAGGAGAGAACUUUAAUUCGACGUCAACGUCUAGUCGAUGAAGCUCAAGGCGAAGGACGAAGCUGGCUCAUACGGUUGUGGUUCAAGAUCGAGGCCGUCUUCCGUCCAUUCAAGCUGCUUGGAGGAGUUAUCCUACUCUUGGUAGCGCUCUUAGUGUGGGUCUCAAUGCUCCUCACGGCCAUCGAUAAAGCAAAGAACUCGAUCUGCAAGCACCGCUGUGGAUAUAUCCUCGGACAUGUCAACAUUUUCAAUCCCGUGAACUGGGCUUUGGUUCAUUCUGCCAAGUUCUUUCCAGUCGACUACGCCAUCUUCACGGUGUUGGUGUUACUGCUAUUCUGCAGCUCUGUUGCUGGCAUUGCCGUGGUUGGUAUUCGGUUCCUUUGGAUUAGAAUCUUCCAAAUUCGAAAGGGCCAUACCUCACCCCAGGCUCUGCUCAUGGCAACUUCCAUGUUGAUGCUGAUUACACUAGCGCUGAAUUACUCCAUUUCCAUGGUAGUCGCUCCGCAGUAUGCAACUUUUGGCCCACAAACGUUCUGCGACAGGGAAUCAAUUUUGCCUUUCGGGCAGCCAGACUGCUCAAACAGUAAGGAGCUCAUCAAACCAUGCUCUGAACUGGCGAAGAACCCUGCCGCGCAGCGGGUAUGCACCCCUAGUGUUGUCAGCACGUUCUUAAACCGUAUCACUCUUAAUUUCCCUUUCUUUGGUGUGGUGUUUUUCUGGGCACAAUUCUUUUUCCUCGGUGUAUAUCUGAUCGUCUUCAUUACUACUCUGUUCCGAUCGCCGAAACUGGACGAGAGACAGCUGGACGAAGAUGCCGAGGAGGCCGAAGAAGAGGGUCUCCUCGCGAAUACUGGACGAAGAAUCAACGCUAACUGGCAGGAUAUUACUGGAAGAAGUUCCCGGGCUGGAUGA